AUGCUGGAGUCUUUUGUUUAUGCGUUUGUAGAUGCUGACAAAGAUAACAGUGUGAACUACUACAAACGUCUACUGAGAUUGGUGAAGAUUGGAGGGCUUAUUUGUUUCGAUAAUACACUGUGGUGGGGUAGAGUUGCUGAACCUCCCAAUGCAACGAUGUCUUAACAAGGGUGAAGCAACAGAGAGUAUAUAAUUGAGCUGAACAAGGCACUUGCUACUGACAAACGUAUAGAGCUUAGCCAGUUGCCUAUUGGUGAUGGCUUCACUUUAUGUAGGCGUAUUUCCUAA